CUUAUGCGCGGGACUCCAGCGGAAUGCGGGGCGGGGACCUGGAGGAUGGCUGGCGGUGGAGGAGGGGUCGUUUUUGGUGAUCCCCACCAUUACUGAUCACGACUACGGGAUGUGGGGCGGUGCCGAGUCCCUAUGGAUAUUGGAGGCAGCCCUCCUUUGGACUUCGAAAUUAGACGUUCCUGAUUUCCCCUUCUCUGGAAUGAAUACGGGCCUUGCUGGAGAUGGACAGCCGAAUUCCUUACGAUGACUACCCCGUGGUUUUCCUGCCUGCCUAUGAGAAUCCCCCAGCAUGGAUUCCGCCUCAUGAGAGGGUGUAUCACCCAGACUACAACAAUGAGUUGACCCAGUUUCUGCCCCGAAUUGUCACACUGAAGAAGCCCCCUGGAGCUCAGUUGGGAUUUAAUAUCCGAGGAGGAAAGGCCUCCCAGCUAGGAAUCUUUAUCUCCAAGGUUAUUCCCGACUCAGAUGCACAUCGGGCAGGACUUCAGGAAGGGGACCAAGUCCUAGCUGUGAAUGAUGUGGAUUUCCAAGACAUUGAACACAGCAAGGCCGUUGAGAUCCUAAAGACAGCCCGUGAGAUCAGCAUGCGUGUCCGCUUCUUUCCCUACAAUUAUCAUCGUCAGAAAGAGAGGACUGUACACUAGAGAGUUGCAGCCCAUAGUGCUCCACAUGGAAUGUUCUAGGACAAGCUGGUUAGGCCUCAGGGAAGCCUCUUCGGAAACUCUACUCUCAGCCCCACCCUGGCAGAGUGGAGUGGGGAGGCUGGGGACACAGUGAGGCCCCACCACCAAGCCAUCUAGCCAACUGCAUUACCCAGACUCUUCUGUACUUCUUGUUCCCUCAUUCUGUAGGUGGGCUUCAUUCCCUGAAAUGGGAAGAAUGGAGAUCUCUAGAUAUAGCCUGUGGAGAGCCCAGCUAGAAAAGGCAACUGACAUUUAUUGGGGACCACGUGCUAGACAACUGCACAUGUCACACCGUGUUCACUAGAGACUAGAAAUCAAUAGAAGAAAGAAUCUUGAGGCAACUGAUGUUUAUUGACUACCGUGUGCUAACCAACUACACAUUUGCCCUCUCAUUUUCAUCAGAGUCUAGAAAUCAGUAGCAAAAAGAAUCCUGGGGGCCUUCCAUCUCAUCCCAUUGUUGUACUACCUGUCUCAGACCCUCCUCUCAUCCCAUUGUUGUACUACCUGUCUCAGACCCUCCAGAGACUUCCUGGGAUUGUUUUUCCCAUCUCUGUUCUCCUAUCCUCUUCUCUCCCCUGCCCUCCCGCCCUCCAAAAUAAAAGGCAAUGCUGAGGAAA